AGCUGUUACGUUUCGGUCUCGUUCCCUCCGUUUGCUACAUGACGAUUUCUGAAGCAGACGCACUGGCGGCGCAUAAAGCAAUCCAUGAGGGAAAAGAUGAAGUGAAACUGGAGAGUGGCGAGAAACUGGCUGUGACGAAGGGCAAGAAUGGAUGCAAGGCGGUGAAGUUCCCCAAGUUCCAAGCCAUGGAACAAAACACCUCCAAGUCCUCAGCUUGGGCCAAAAAGGCCAAGGAGGGCGUGAAGAUCACCUGGUUCCUCUCCGGCCCUUCCCCUGCCACCUGGGGUCGGGUGGUGGACGGCAAGAUCGACGCCGUGGGCAAAGCCAUUGCAGCGAUGCCAGCGAAGGCGGCGGCGAAGGCGGCAGCACGAAGUGCUGGGGCCAAGGCAGAAGCGAAGGCGGAAGCCAAAGCAGCGGCCAAGAAACGUCCUGAGGGCAAAGCCAAGGCAAAGGCAGCAGCCAGGGCGACUGCAAAGGCCGAAGCAAAGAGUGCUGCUGAGAAGAAGCGAAAAGAACCGGAGAAAGAAACAGCUCCUGAGAUGGCUGAAGCCCCCGAGAAAAAACUGAAGACUGAAAGCCCUGGGCCUAGCAGCACCACGAGUGCCAUGAGUGCCACGAGUGAGGACCCAUUAGUCCUGGAGCCCUUGUUCGCUGGGAUGGGCCACGGAUCUACGUGGUUAAAAGUAUUGAAGCCUGUCAUGGAAGAUCUGUCCGCGGCUCCAUCCUUCAUCGGUCCCGCGCGGGACAAGCGCAUCGUGCCAGUGCGGGAGUUGACCUUCCAAGCGCUGAAGCCAAACCCACCAUCUGGAUGGCGUGUUGUGUCAUUUGGUCAAUCUCCUUAUCCGCGAAUCGAAUCAGCCACUGGCAUUGCUCACUUUGACAACAACCUGAAGUCCUGGGACUCGGGCGCCUUUGGGUCGGUCACCACCAUGCGUUGCAUCAUGAAGGCUGCGUUGAUGAAUAAAUUCAAGAUCCCCAAGAGCACCAAGGUCCCAGAGCUGCGGAGGCUUCUGAAAACCAAAGGUCCGGGGGAUGCCAGAUAUGCAAUGGUCAGCUUGUUGGAUGCCAUCUUGACGCAAGGGGUGCUGCUGAUGAAUGCUGCGUGCACCAUCCGACCUGCCGAAGGGCAACGUGCUGGCGAGGUGGUGCAGGAACAUCUCCGCUUCUGGCAGCCAGUCAUUGCAGAGGUGGUGAAGGCCAUCUUAGCCGAGUGCCAGGAAUCCAAGCGGCCCAUCAUAUUUGCAUGGUGGGGCUCCGAAAGUUUGAAGACCAAAAAGGUCCUGGACAAAACUGCCUUCUGCAAAUUUCCUUCUGUCAAGAUUCGCCACAUUGAGCACAAGAAUCCGGCCGCCAUGGCUGAUGCCUUCUGUGACGACCCAAAUAUCUUCGCCGGAAUCAACAAGGCCAUCAAAGAGUUGGGUCUUGGUGAUCCCAUUGAAUGGCUGCCAGAUAGCUCCUGGAAGGCCGCACUGGGAAGCAGCUCACAGGCAGAGGAGAUGGGAGCAUUUAUGCAGGAGACGCAGGAACUGCAUAAGAUGUACCUGGAACGUUUGAAAGAUGGUUUGGACACGCGCAGCGAUGAUUUGGAUGGUAUUGUGGGUAUCAUGUCCAAACCAUUGGUGGAUCUGCCGGAUGCCUGCAAGCCAUUGGCGCUCACCAAAGCCGGCGAAGCCUCGCGAAAAUUUGCUUCAAAGAUGAGCCGAAAGAGUUUGUCAUUGGACGAAGCGGGCGCUUUGCACCUCUACACCACGAACUAUCUUUACAAGGCCCUGAACGCUGCCCUGCGACACGCAGAUCGAAAAAAAGCUCUGGACUAUUUCCUCUAUUUGAGGCUCUUCCUUUCAGCCUUGGAGAAGCUUCCCAGAACGGAGAAGGAGCUCUACCGCGGUGUAGCGUUGGACCUCCAACAUCAAUACAAAGUGGGUAGCACUGUCACCUGGUGGGCCGUCUCUAGUUGUACUCCCGACCUCGGCGUUGCGACGAGUUUUAGUGGCUCCAAGACUUGCACUUUGUUCAUUAUCAGCUCCCUACGAAGCGUUGGCAUCCGCGACUUCUCCCAGUACAAAAGCGAGGAGGAGUACAUCCUGGCACCUGGCACUCAAUUUGAGGUGACGAAGGUUCUACGAAAGGGCUCCAAAGUUGAGAUCCACAUGAAGGAAUUGGACCAACCAAGGAAAGUUCAAUGAUCACCCGUGCAACGGCCGUCGAUGUGUAUGCAACAUACACAUAGUCCUGGCAUCUAUUUGUUUUGUACAAAGAUACUCGUGGAGGCCGACGUCAGCAGCUCCCUACCAUGUACAGCGUGUUUUUCUCGAUUGCACAAAAA